CGCUAUUUCAAAUACUGUGCUAGUUGACGUUGACGUUUAGUAACGCGUAAGCAUCAUUAUCAUUAGUGGUUUAUAAUUAUGAGUUUUAACGAUACAUGAUUUUAAUAUAUAAAUUGUAAUAAAUAAAAUUAUUGAAAUCUAUGAAAAGUGAUAAGAAAACAGUGGAGUGUAGAAUGAAUGAUGUGAUAAUAAUUGGCAGUAACUUUCGGGUGCAAAGUUUUUAACAAAAUGUGGUUAAAGUAAUCACUAAUAUGAAUUACAUAUAUAUUUUUACUAUAUACAAUCUAAGAAUUCGUUUAGUGUAAAUGAUUUUUUAAUCAUCAUGAAAUUCAAUGAGAAAGAACUUGCAGAAGCAAGCAGUGGUCCUGCCGAUCUUGAAGGUCGUUUAAAUCAUAAACGAGCUCACAAGUCAGGAUUUAAAGAGAAAUGGUUUAAGUUAAGAUGCAAUUUAUUAUUUUACUUUAAUAUUAACGAAUUAGGACAGAUCGACAGAAGACAACCAGCAGGUGUAAUUAUAUUAGAAAAUUAUAGCAUUAACACCGAUGCUGCAUCUGAAGGAGUAUUUGCAUUUAGUAUAGCAUUUCGAGAUGAACACGAGAAGAGACACGUUUUAAGUGGCCGUUCAGAAUCUCAAGUGGAACAGUGGGUUAAUGCGCUUAAGCAAGCAAGUUAUGAACAUUGGAGAUCUCGUUUAAUAAUGCUUCAAGAAAAGUUGUGUAAGAAAACAGGGAAAGAUCCUUUGCUUAUGUAUCCAAGAAAUCAGGGAAUAAUUAGAGAUGAAGCUUGGGACUCUGCGCCAACUUUCCGAUCUCAUGUACGUUCCUUUACUACGUCAGUUGUAACGACAACUGCAUUAAAUACAGUAACGAAAGAAAUGAAUUUAAUUGAAUUUUAAAUUAAGUAAUGUCCUUUUAAUAAUAUUCUUAUGAUAUAUUUCAAAAACUAAAUAAUAUUCAAGUAUAUAAAAAUUGCAUACAAAUAAAAUGAAAAAAUGUAGAUUUGCAGAAUAAAACACAAAUUACUGCAAAAAAAGAUGGUAAGUCUACUUUGUUUGAUGCAGCUAAUAUAUAACUUGUAUUAUUUUUAUGUGUAGAAUUAAUAACUCUAUAACACUUUAUAUUAGUAUUAUUAAAGUGAUGCGAACGUAUUGAAUAUUAUUUAUA